GGUAACGCGGAGAAGAUGGCGGCGCUGGUGGCGGCGGAGGCCGCGGCGCCCGCGGGCCCGGCCGAGGCGGCCGAGCCGGCCGAGGCCGCGGAGCUGAGCCGCGCCCUGAGCCGCCUGCUGCCCGGGCUAGAGGCCGACAGCAAGCUGGGCCGGCGGCGCGCGCUCGAGGCGCUCCAGCGCGCCCUGGAGGCGGCGCGGCCCGACGCGCCCGCCGCCGACCCCGCCGCCUUCCAGGGCCCCUGGGCGCGCCUGCUGCUGCCGCGCCUGCUGCGCUGCCUGGCCGACCCGGCCGAGGGCUGCCGCGCGCUGGCCGCACACCUGCUGGGCCUGGGCCUGCGGCGCGCCGCGCGGCCCCGCGACGCCCUGCCGCGCCUGCUGCCCGCGCUCGCUGCGCGCUUGGCCGGCCCCGAGCCCGCGCGCCGCCCGCCGCCCGAGGCCUGCGAGGAGCUGCGCCUGGCGCUCGUGCAGCUGCUGCGGCUGGCGGUGGACCUGGGCGGCGCCGCGCUCGCGCCCCACCUGGACGACGCGGUGCGCGCGCUGCGCUGCACGCUGCUGGACCCCUUCGCCGCCGUGCGCCGCGAGAGCUGCGAGUGCGCCGCCAGCCUGGCGCGCGCCACGCCAGACCACAUCCACAUGCAGUCCGAGUCUCUCAUCGGCCCCCUGAUGCACAGCAUCUCCCACCAGCACUGGAAGGUCCGCGUGGCCGUCGUCGAGGCCACGGGCACGGUGAUCCAGUUCGGCAACGGGAAGUCCGUGGACGACGUGCUUCCUCACUUUGCUCAGCGGCUCUUUGAUGAUGUCCCCCAGGUCCGACAGGCGGUGACCCGCGUGGUGGGGGGCUGGCUGCUGGACCUGCGGGACCGGUACUCCUUCUUCCACAAGCUCAUCCCGCUGCUGCUCAGCAGCCUCGACGACGACAUGCCGCACAUCGCGCACGAGGCUGCCGGCCUCUGGGAGAAGGUCGGUCUGCAGUGGCAGAAGGAGAACGAGGAGGACCUCAAGGACAAGCUGGACUUCGCCUCUCCCCCGCCCGCCCACCACCCUUCGCCAGAGCGCCGCCCGGGGUUGGGCUGCCGGGAGCUCGUCUUCAGGAACCUCUGCAGGGUCCUCCCCGCCGUCUGUCACGACGUCACGGACUGGGUGGUGGGGACGCGGGUGAAGUCCGCGCGGCUGCUGGCGGCGCUGCUGCUGCACGCGGAGGACCACGCCACGCAGCACCUGGAGCUCCUGCUGCGGACCCUGCUGCUGGCCUGCGCGGACGAGGAGCCGGCCGUGGUGCGCAGCUGCGCCGGGGCCGCGGAGCUCAUCGGGACGUUCGUCAGCCCCGAGGUGUUCCUGAAGCUGCUGUGGCCGAUGCUGAAGAAGUCGCCCUCCGCUGCUGGCCUCCUGGUCCUCGCCUCGGCCAUCCAGGGCUGCCCGAGGGAAGCCCUCCGGCCGCACCUGCAGGCCAUCGCCGCGGAGCUGGCCGGGGCUCCCAUCCGGCACGGGUCCGAGAAGCUGCACUACGGGGAGAACCUGCUGCUGUGCGUGCGGGCCGUGGUGGCCGGGGGCCGCGAAGACUGCCGGGGGUGCGGCCUGCCGCUCCUGCAGGUGCUGCUGACCGUGAUGGCGCUCCCGGGGGCCUCGGGCCUCAGCGACCAGGUUCAGGAGACCAUGGACGCGCUGGCCGCGGCAGAGGGCGGAGGUGGCAGCCAGGACCUCUACCGCGAGCACGUGGGCCCCCUGCUGGCAUGGCUGGCCGGCUCCCAGCAGGACUGGACCGUGCACUCCCCGGAGCUGCAGCAGUUCGGUGUGCUGCUCGCCCACGCAGGUCCAGCGCUCGGGGAGGCGCUGCCCCAGCUGGUCCCCAUCCUCCGGAGCUGCCUCCAGCCCGACAGAGACCCCCAGGUGCGCCUGAAGCUCUUCACCCUCCUGUCCCGGGAGCUGCUGAGAGCGAAGGAGACCCUGGACUCCCAAGGGCAGCUUCACAGCCACCUCGACACCCUGAUAGAGGACGUGGUGGCCCCCAACCUGCAGUGGCGAGCAGGGAGGACGGCCGCGGCCAUCCGCACGGCCGCCGUGUCCUGCCUCUGGACGCUCCUCAGCAGCGAGGUGCUGUCGUCCACACAGGUACAGGAGGUGCAGGAGACGCUGAUGCCCCAGGUUCUGACCACCCUGGAGGAAGAUUCUCCGAUGACUCGACUGACUUCAUGCCGAAUCAUCAGUGCAUUUUUAAAAACCUCUGGUGAUGCGAUCGAUCCAGAUAAACUCAUGAAGAUUUACCCUGAGCUCCUCAAACGUCUGGAUGACGUGUCCAAUGAGGUGAGGCUGGCGGCAGCCUCCGCCUUGGUGGCCUGGCUGCAGUGCAUCGGGAAGGACGACAGGAAGGCUUCCUACCAGAGUCACAUUCAGCACCUGUACAAGGAGCUCCUCGUGUACCUGGAUGACCCCGAGGGCGCCGUCCAGGACGCAGUCUUGGAGGUACUCAAAGCAGGCAGUGGCCUGUUUCCCGAGCUCCUGGCGAGGGAGACGGAGGCUGUGGUCCACAAGCACCGCUCUCCCACCCGCUGCGAGCAGCUCCUGCAGCACGUUCAAGCUGGGCUGCCCGCCCCAUGACCGCGGUGCUGCCGCUGCCGCCGGGCACGGACGCCAGGCCCUCGCCCUCACCGGGGCUGGCCCUGUGGCCUCCGCACCUCACCACAGCCGAGGGCACGGACGAGAAGGACAGCUUUGCCAGCAAGGAGGAUGUACUUCCUUAGAAAAAUACCCAGGACUUUUCAAACCCAGCAGUUUCUGAAAUAACAUUUAUUGAGUGGCUCUCUAUUUGUAUGUGCUGUUUAUAUGGUUCACUGGAGAUCUGCCCAGAGUCUUCAGCUAAUUUGAAAUGAGGACUCAGCUCUGCACCCGGGCAGCCAGACCCAACCUUGCUGCUUCUCGCAGCGCUGCGUGCACUAGGUUCAGGGACUUCCGCUUCUGUCCUGCUUAAAUGCCCACCAAGGAAGGUCUUGACCAUCUGAAAAAAAAAAAAAAAAAAAAAGGCAAGAGGAUUUAAAAGAAAUUGCGUUCUUUUUCUGGAUUCUGCCUACUGAAACUAAAUACCUCAGUGAACAGACUAAAGGAAUGUGAAAUCUUAAGAACUAUUAUCAGUGAAAAUUUCCCCACUUAAAAAUAUACUGGAACUUAAAAUGUUUUGUGGACCUAUUCAGCCAAAUACCUUUAUUUAGAUCAGUAAUGCUGACAAUUUGAAAAUAGGAAAAUAGGAUAUUUAAUCAGAUUUUGGUUGCUGUCUUAUAAAUAGCAGUAAAGUAAAAUUCUAUUUUAUUCUCUAGCACUUUUUACACCCAAGUGCCUGAAAGAUUUCAUUUUAGCUAGUGAUUAUUUCUAUAAGCCAAAUACAUAUGUUAAUACAAGGGAGGAAAUGCUGUAUUUUCCAACA